AUGUUAAAGCUGCCACUGAACUGGGAAGCAAAAAUUUGUGAAUACUUACCUCUGCUGGUCCUUUUGUUUGCUGUUCCACUUGCAGAAAGGACUCCAGGUAUGCUUUGAAUUGAUAACUGACAACCUACUUCCUCCAUUGCUUGUGUGUUGAAAAGAAUGAUUAAUUUUGCCCCGUUACAGGUGAGCAAGAUGUGCGAGAGAGAACUGGUGGAUAAAUGGGGCAGGAUGCACAGCAACUAUAAUCUUGCUCAGUUUGUAAUAUGGCUGAUUCAGGAUAUUUGAGUUGUGUGAUUGUAUGAAACACACUGAAUUUCAAAAAUGUGGAAUGCAUCUAUAUACAAUGAGUAUUAUAAGCAACACCCCUUUGCUAAAACCACCCAUUUUUGCUGACUUGGGCCAUACAGAAGUUGUUUAUUUGAACUUUUCUCUCUUGGGUUCCAUUGGAGGCUCAUCUUCAUUGCUGGGUUGGAGAUGUUGAAAAUGCUAUGAACUUGGGACUUAUGGACUUGCACCAUCCCUGACCAUUGGCUAUGCUGGCCGGGGCUGAUGGGAGCUGGAGUCGACAACAUCUAGAGUAUCAGGGUUCUCUCCCAAGAAGCAUGGCAAAGCAAGUAGGGAGGGCCUCCUACCUUAGAAAUCCAAGACUGCAACAUAAUGCAGAAAGAAAGACGUGAGCACAGGAGAACGCAAUUGCUACAGCUAUAACAAAUAAUGAAUAAGAUCAGAUUAAUCGUAUCCUAGAAUGGGAUAAUGUAGAGCAGGUUGAUUUUAGUAUUUUUGCUUUAUUUUCUUCGUUAAAUUUCAAGGCCUGGUUUCCAGGCACACAAGCUGAAAUCCUCGCCUGCAUUCUCAUUUUUCAGUUUUACUUCCAUGCAAAUCUUUCCUGGUUGGAUAGUGAGAUGCUGGCUGGGAGGGGCUUGCUCAGAUGCAGCAUAGGCAGAUGACAGCAGUAGCUGCAGCAACAAUCACUGAGCUAGUACCAGGCAGCAUUUGCUGCAGUCAGCUGCCUGCCACUUUCUUCACAUUCUGCAAGAUUUCUCAGCGGCAAGCUUUGGGAGCUGCCUGUGCACAGGAGCUCAUUUAAGGAGCAGCUGGCUAGAGAAUCUAGCUAUGUCAGCAGGGCCUCUUUGCUUUGCAUCUGGACCCCUUCUGGCAUUUUGAGUUCUGCAUUGUUGAUUUUUGGAGCCGAUCUUGUGCUUGUUCUUUCUUUCAUUCACCUUCAAAUCUUUGCUGCAUCGCAAGCUCUCAUUAUGCUGUACAUCAUACCACAGUCUGUUCCUUGCCUCUGCUAGGCAGUGGCAGCAUGGAUGGUGUUCUUGUGACGACCUCUGCUGAUUCUAUCAGUCCACUGCGGACAGGCAUGCUGAGUAAUCCUGCUGUAAAUGGGCGAGGACACAGACACACGGAAAAUUAACCAUGGCUUUCUUCGAGACCACAACUAUGUGACUGAAGGUAAUGCAGAUGCUGACAUAAUUUAUCUUUUUGUUUUUGAAUGCUAGUGCAUUAUAAUCAAAACCUGUAUUCACUUGUUUGGGUAAGUUAUAUAUAUUGAAAGCAAUUUUUUUUUUUUAUGUUUAGCAGAUGAAGAAGCCAAAUCUCUCUGGUCUUGCUAA